AUGGGGCGAAAAAAGAAGCAAGAUAAAAAUGUCCACGAGGAAGACCCGCACGGAGACAUGUCCGUCUCUACGGCCAUCCUCAACAUCGUUGCAGACCUUUGCCCCCACGGCAUGCUCCCGGUGGCGUACGGGAUGGCGGCGGUCGGGGGCACGGGUCUCGCCGUGGCCCCCGCGCUGCUUGCCUCGUUCGGCAUCAUCUCGGCCUACACCAUGAUCAGCGUCGGGCGGGCCUGCCAGCGCACAAAGAGGUGGUCGUUCAGCGGUCUCUGGACCGACCUUGUGGGCAAGAAGUCGGCGUGGGUGGUCGAGGUGGCCAUGGCGCUGAUGACGUUCGGCUGCUGCAUCUUUUACCUGGCCUUCGCGGGAGACCUGUUCAGCGCCCUCGCCGGCACCGUGUCGUCGCUGCCGGAGGUUCUCAAGAAGAGGGCGGUGGAUCUGGUCAUUCUCGGCCUCUGCCCGUUGCUCCCUCUCUGCCUCAUGAAGAACCUCAGCGCGCUUCAGUACACCAGCUUUGUCGGAGUGGUGUCCAUCCUCUACACUACCCUCUUCGUGGUGAAGCGCAGCCUGGAUGGGACCUACUCUGAGGGGGGCGAAUUUUUCAACACCAUCGACGCUCGGUUCCGCAGCCCGGUCCCUUCCCCGUGGGGCGUCGUGAAGCUGUGGCGCGUGGGCCCCGGCCUUGUUACCCUCAUGAACAUGUCCUGCGUGGCGUUCAUGUGCCACUACAACGGCGUCAAGUACUACGAGGAGCUGGAGGACCGAACGGAGAAGAAGUACGCCGUAACGAUCGGCUCCGCCAUGGGCAUCUCGUUCGGCGUAUUCACCACCAUGAUGCUCUUCGGCUUCCGCACCUUCGGCGGGGCGGCGCAGACCCUGCUGCUCAACAACUACCACCGCACCGACGACCCCCUGGCGAGCCUCGCCCGCCUGGCCACAGGCUUCUCCAUCCUGUGCGGCUUCCCUCUCAUGUUCGCCGCGCUUAAGACGUCGUUCUUCAACGCCGCCUCGGAGAUCUCGGAGAAGUUCGGAGAUGGGGGGCUGAAGAUGGCCGGGCGGUUCCAGAACGACGAGACGCUACGCACGGGUUGCAUCGUUUCCCUGAUGGCCGUCGUCACGAGCAUAGCCUGCACCAAGUCGGAAGAGGACGUGGCGACUAUCAUCGGGCUCAUCGGGGCGAUCUUGGGGUCCGGCGCAAACUACAUAAUCCCGGCGGUGCUCAACAUCAGCCUCUUGCAGCGCUUGGGCGCGAACCGAGGGCUGGUGUCGGAGAUCACCCUGAACAAGGCCAUCAUCCUCUUCGGCGCGGUGUUCAUGGUCAUGGGCACGAUGGUCACCUUGAAAGAGGCCGGCGCCCACCACUGAUACUGACGAAAUUUCAGUACUAAUAAUAACUGGUGUGUGCUCAGAACACGCCCUCUCCCCGUUGUUGGGACCGAGUCUGUUUGUCUCUGAAAUACUUUGCGAAAGUAACUCAUUAAGGGGGCGGAAAGGCGAGGCGAAGUUCUGCUGCAGAUGGAAACACGCCUCGUCGAGGGAAUACCCCCCCCCCCGAGCUGGGUAUGGAUGAAAUCCCCGUGGUCUGGGGAUUGUCGCGGCACUCUCGCCGGGAUCGAUUCGUUGCGUGGCAGAGUCAAGAGAGGUGACACACCCUUUGUACAAGUUUUUUUUGUUUAUUUUUGAACGGGAGGGCAACGUCGUGCCAGUAGGCAGGCUAUGGCACGCACGGCGAAAGGGCUUUGUUGUUGCGCUCUGUUGCUUGCGAAGUCGUCAUGGUUGUGCAUGCGUACAUCGGGGUAAAGGUAGCGGCGGCGGUUCUCGUUGUGCAGGCGGAGGAAGUGUAAAAACACAAGUAUCGUCCCCUCGUUCUCUUUUCGCUGGUCGCCGAAAGGCUUUCCUGCCCUCCUUCUAUUAAGUCCUUUACGCACACAUACAUGUUUCAAGGGGAAAUACCUUGAUCGCCGAGGACACUGCAAGCGAUGUUUUGUGGGGAGGGUCGUCAGACGACAGCUUUGUUAAAACCCUUGAUCCAGAAGCAAGCGGAUCUGUGCCAACCCGUCAAUCGGCGAGUGUUUGUGUGUGUUCUUGUUUUUGGCGGUCGGGGAUAAAUCUCGUGAAACAUCUUUUAGAAUGUUUUGGCUUCCGGGGACUGGAGAAACGUUGGCAACUUGUUGGUGCUGCCGCGAGGUGGUGUGAUGACCAGGCCAGACACCCCUCAGUGGGUGAGAUUGCCUGUUGUGUCACUUGAGAGGUGUUGAGUGAGUAGGGCACUGUUGUUGUUGCUCCCCCGAGGCGAAAGCAGAGUCGACAGAGUGAACCGCAACGGCGUUACAUUACCACGCCGACCGAAGACGACAAGCUGACAGACCACCCAGGACUCAGUACAGCGUACGUUUCACGCAACAUGUGUAACGGUUUCUCCGGGUGUGGCAGAAUCCAGGUGUUUGCUCCUUGUUGGGACCGUGUUCGGGUAUAAAACUUCUUAGCUUGGGACCCGAUGCGGCGUGUUGAUUUGGAGCAGAGGAUGGGUGUACUAAAUAGCCGACAAGGUUAGCUGUAUUUUGUCUUCACAUGAAUGGAGACGACAGGCACAUGGUACCUGCGAGAAUGGAAAAAGUUGAUGUAAAUCUUUUGGACGGCAGUUCCGGAGAAUUUUUUCGAUGAGCUCGUUUUUUUUUUCUAGUUUGGGAUGACGAACCGGAGGCUUGGUGAACAAGAGGUUUCAGAAGUUCCGUCUCUUACUAGAAUUUCCGUCAGAAAGGAAAGAGAGGUCAAGGGCGUGCAAACAUUCGCGCUUUUCCAGUAGAUAGUUUGUUAGGUGACACUUCGAGACAGGCUCGGCUGUGCGUCUAUCGGCCGUGUGUUCCCUUCCCCUCCACGACGUUUCCGUCCUCUACGGGAUUGAAACGAUACACACUAGCGUCGGCAAAGCCUGACCGCGGUUGAUUCAAACUAUGGCUCACUAUUUCCGCCGCGUAUGUAGUCGCCAGGGAGCUCGGCGGCGAUACAGCUCAAAGGCGCGCACAACGACCCGGUUUCUCGGCAAAUCCAGCCGCAGCGAUGGCUGUUCGCCAAAUCGAGAAACGUCUUGACAACAAAACAACGCCACAUGACAAGCCUGCUAAUCGAGACUUUGACGCGCCACACUACAGCUGCCACCUAAAUGGCAUGAGACUUUCCGAACGAUAGCCCAAUUUUUUGUCGGCGUACUGCGAACAAUGCAUGUCACGAGCUCGCCUGAGAUGGGAAAGAAGUGCGCAACCAAUGUCCGACCAAGCUUUUGCAAAGACAAAUGCUUCAGGAAAAAAACAGGCGUUCAAACAAACACUCUCACCGCAUUUGAUUCGCGUUGGUCGCAAUAAUGUACACAGGAAAACAUCCUAUCCAGCACUUGAUCUGAUCGCACCGCGCCACACCAAUGGUUUCUUCCUACGCCACCACCCACCCCCGCAUCGCCCGCAAAAGGUCGACGAUGAAAAGACGCCGCCUUAAAAUUCCGAUAGUCCCACACAGACAAACAGGGAAAAGCUGCUGGCUCCACUCGUGAACGAUAGCCUAAAUGGCCAAGAUAGAGAACCGCGCAGGCAUCCUAGCGGUGUUCGUGGUCUCGCCUUGCAGUUUGCACGAUCAAAUAUCGAGCUCGUUGUUGGAAUCCGUACACUUGGUGCGAGCUACAGUACAUGCAUAUGCACCCAGGAGGUUUCUCUCCGAGACCGGAUGUCGUUUCCUCGGAAAAAUCGCCACGGAGUGGCGCCUCUACCCUGUCGACGGUCUAACAACUACCGCUGCUGUAGAGGAUGGUUAAGGUUAACUCGAAGCAGCAAAGACGAGCUAGGUACCUUUCUUUCUCACACGCAUACGUCGUGGUGCAUUCUUCAUACUUUCAACCAAGCAACACACACCCGACGUAUUCGCUGUUGCUGUCAACAGGAACAAAUCGAACACAUGACCACCCACCGCGCGCCAAACCUGCAGCGGCUAUGCACCGCUGAGCUCUUCUACAGUAGUACAGCAGUGAACGAGGUCUCACCACAACCAACACGAAGACGCGCCCUGCACACAUGUACAAUACAGUGGUUUACAAGUCGAAAAAGAUGGGCGUGGAACAAGAGGUGUCGCUCACCCAUGAGGAAACACUUACAGCAAUACCCACGCGAUUACCGAUGGAGAGCAAACAUCCAUGUCAUGUGGUACAGCAGUAGUGUCGUCUGCUUGUGGUACGGACUACCAAUCAAUCCCGUUUAGGUACCGGCUUUGCUCCUCAGCUUCCUAAAUUGUUGUUGAUUUAUCCAGGAAUGGCGUGGCGCACAGCGCAGUCGCCACGUGACGCCUCUGCACUGCUGCUGUUCCAUGCCAAAAUGGCCAAGCCCGCGACCAGGUAUCGGCACCGCCAUUCGAUCCUAAGACUGCUGUAGACCGUCCUCGCGGACGGUGCUGGCAAGACAACUCCGCAUGUUGAAAGUCUAUGACUGCCUCGAUAUCCACGAGGAAUCUGACUCGCCACCAUAUAAGCGUCAUUACAUCGCUCUCCUCCUCGCCUAAACCGCUCGUUGAAAGCAACGCGUACUCUUUAGCUCUCUCUGAAACGGUCAACUUCGACCUGGCAGACCAUCAUGCCAUCAUACCAUCGUGCUCCUGGACCAGGCGGUCUCAGCCCUCCUGCCAUUGCACUGACAUGUAUGUGCAGAUGUAUGUGCAGAUCAAUCAAUCUCCAGCGCGGCGGAUCUAAAUCUUGGCACAGAAGACUCCAGAAUUUACAGCGGUUGGCAUGUACACUUACUCAAUCACCGCACCCUCUGCUCAUCAACCGACUUUGGCCUUCUUGCUAGUCGGCCGUCUGGGCGAGAGCUGGUCUCCGGCGUUGUCGGCGGUCGUUACCCCGUCCGGCUCCUUGGUAACCUGCUGCUGCUGCUGCUGCUGCUGCUGCUGCUGCUGCUGCGGAGUUGCAGAAUCCACCAGCUCGGACCAGCUCUUUAACCCGCAGCUGGCGAAAUAGGCGCGCGCCUUGCCGUCUAUAUCCAAGAAUCGGCUGUUAUGUGUGGCCUCCUUGUCCAUCACAACGUGAGAUGGAGGAGCUAGC